AUGAAUACCCCUCAAUUUGAUUACACGCGUCGUCGUGACGUUAUCUAUCCUGAUCCCUUGAGGAAUUGUUCCUCUCGUCCACCUAAUCAUUAUAGGGCAACAUCUGUGGAUCCCUACCGUGCUUCAGACAAUAAACACCGUUACAAUUCAUCUUAUUAUCAAAACUAUGAAUUGAUUAGUCCGGUUUCAAAUUCAAGAGAUUGCUUCUCCCGUCCACCUAUUCCCCAAAGUCAGCCCACGCACUAUCGAAAUAUCCAUUCUACCAAACCAUGCUACUCCUCCACGCCUUCAACAUCCGCUAAUCGUUAUCGAAUCUCUGGAAAUCUCCCUAGAUCUAGCUCUACAUCCCGACUUAUUUACUCAGAUUACCCCACGCACAAUCCUACCACUUCAUAUCAGAGUCAUACUGAUCGCGGUACCUAUGGCAACGGCAGUAAAUGUGUCUAUACGCCAACUUCUUUAUCUUCUUCGUGUCGCCGCGAAGCUCUUACCACCACCAAGAGAUUGGAUUCGCAACUCUCGGGGAGCUUUACUCGUUUGUCUACGCGUUCACCGCCAAUUUAUAAUAGAGCGACUAGUAGUGGAGUCUAUGCGCUUGCCUCUACUUCUGCUGAGAUCCGUCCACGUAAACCACGUCAUCAAGAAAUAGAGGAAGUGAGCAAAGACGAGGCAUAUAUAAAGCCAAUGCCUAAGCCUCGUAGUCGUGGGCUAGAUUCGCCAGAUUCUGCUAAUCUCAACUCUCCAGACCAUCCAGGUUACGGCUCAUAUUCAAAACUUGAUGGGAAUGUUAAUAACAUGUACUCCCUACGAACAUCCACUUCGUCUACUUCCUCAGCUGGUGAAUAUUCAGCAACAUCUCCUGGCCCGAGGCUUCAUGGGGGACAUUCAGGCUUUAAUUCCACUCUCCCUUCUUCGAAUCGAUCCAACAAUUCUGGAAAUGCCGGACUCAUUGGACUGAUGAAUCUCGGUAACACGGUAAGUUUAACUUAA